UUCUGAGCAACCUAGUAUUUAAGAGGAAGGUAGAGGAAGAAGAAAACAUAAGGACAAAAUUCUGAAAGACCCAGGAGAGCACGGAUUACAGAAAGGAGAAGCUUUGUACUUCAAAACUGUUGGUAACUUUGGAACAAGUCUACCCUUUUACUUCCAUCCUCCCAGCCCCAUUCCUCACUCACAUUUUCCUUCUGGUGGAAUGAGAUUUCAAGGUCUGGAGGGGCUGGUUGGUGCCAUGUGGAAGGUGGUUGUGUUGCUGGUCCUGCUGAUGUUCAGCCCUGGGCAGGGGCUGUUCCGCUCCAUGUUCAAAAAAGCCCAUGUCACUAAGCAGCCUGAGGGAAAUGUGGGGCGGCCGCUGUUUCUGACCCCUCUCAUUGAAGCUGGGAACAUCAGGAAAGCGAAAGAGUUGAGCUUGGUCAGUCCUUUCUCAGUGGCGAACGUGAAGAGUUAUGCUGGCUACAUCACUUUGAAUAAGACCUACAACAGCAACCUCUUUUUCUGGUUCUUCCCAGCUCAGAUACAGCCAGAGGAUGCCCCAGUAGUUCUCUGGCUCCAGGGUGGGCCAGGAGGUUCAUCUAUGUUUGGGCUGUUUGUGGAACAUGGGCCAUACAUCGUCUUGAAGAACAUGACCUUGCGUGCCAGAGAAUUCCCUUGGACCACCACAUUAUCCAUGCUCUACAUUGAUAAUCCGGUGGGCACAGGCUUCAGUUUCACGCAUGACAGCCGCGGCUAUGCAGUGAAUGAAGAUGAUGUGGCAAAAGAUUUAUACAGUGCUCUAAAUCAGUUUUUUCACUUGUUUCCUGAAUAUAACAGGAAUGAAUUUUAUAUCUCUGGGGAGUCUUAUGCAGGGAAAUAUGUGCCAGCCAUCGCACACCACAUCCACACCCUCAACCCUACGCGUAUGUCGAAGUUCAACCUGAAAGGAAUUGCCCUUGGAGAUGCAUAUUUCGAUCCUGAAUCAAUCAUAGGGGGCUAUGCAGCCUUUCUGUUUCAAAUCGGCUUGCUGGAUGAGAAGCAGAAAAAACACUUCCAGAAGGAGUGUGAUGCGUGUGUAAAACACAUCAAGAAGGGGAACUGGCUGCAGGCCUUUGAAAUACUGGAUAGACUACUAGAUGGCGACUUAACCAAUGAGGCUUCGUACUUCCAGAAUGUUACAGGAUGUGUUAACUACUACAACUUCUUACAGUGCACGGAACCUGAGGACCUGAGUUACUAUACAAAGUUUUUAUCACUCCCUGAAGUGAAACAAGCCAUCCACGUGGGAAAUCACACUUUUAAUGAUGGAGAGGAAGUGGAAAAAUACUUGCGAGAGGACACAGUGAAGUCGGUGAAGCCGUGGCUAAGUGAGAUCAUAAAUAACUACAAGGUUCUGAUCUACAGCGGUCAGCUGGACAUCAUUGUGGCCGCCUCGCUGACAGAGCGUUCCUUGAGGGCCAUGGAGUGGAAGGGAUCCCAAGAGUACAAGAAGGUGGGAAGGAAAGUCUGGAAGAUCUUCAAGACUGAUACCGAGGUGGCUGGUUAUGUGCGGCAAGUGGGGAACUUCCACCAGGUAAUCGUGCGAGGUGGAGGCCACAUCCUACCCUAUGACCAGCCUCAGCGAGCAUUCGACAUGAUCAACCGCUUCAUCUUCGACAGGGGCUGGAAUCCUCACCGUUGAUGGCUCCUUUCCUAAACAAGAAGGUCAGGAAUGUUCAUCUUUAGAAGGAAAACUUUAGAAACAGGAAAAGCCAUAUAAAAAAUCAUCCUUUGAUAUCUCCAAGAUUGUCUCAUCAAUAAAACUUGCUUCUUGAAAAAGAA